CUGCCAAUCAAAUUUUUAGACUCAAGUAGAGAUUGCAAAAGUUAGGUUACCUGUUCGUUACUCUGGAAAUACAAACUUGUGAAUAUUAUGUAGUAUUGAGAAGCUUUGGGAAUUCAACUUUAGAAAAUUUACAAUUAAAAAUAUGUGAUUCUUUAACCAAUAAAAAAUUAAUUAUGGCGGUAACUAGUAAUUUAUUUUGAAGAUUUCAAUGUCUAAAUAAAAAUUCUUAUAGUCAUUUUACUUCCCUUUAGAGUUGUAUUUACAAAGAUAAGAUUAAAGUAUCUGUUAGGAUAGCGCAUAUACAUAGUAAAAAUAAUGAAAAUGUUGAUACAAUUACUUCUAAGCUAAACACUUCUACUAAUUCAAUACUAGUAAAAAACCCGAAAGACGAUAAAAAAGAAGUGAAAAUAUUCAACUUUGAUAAUGUUUUUGAUCAUUUAACUUCGCAAGAAGAAAUUUUUAAUACAUGUGCACAAUCUGUAAUAGAGAAUGUAAUAAAUGGAUAUAACGGAGCAAUUAUCAGUUAUGGCGUAAGCGGAUCUGGUAGAAGUUAUACUAUGAAUGGUGAUGGAGAUAAUAUAGGAGAUUUUGGUAUUAUACCAAGAUCAAUUACAUAUAUAUUUGAUUUAAUCAAAGAAAGAAAUAAUAGUGAAAAGUAUUCAGUAAAGGUAUCAUACUAUAGGCAUAAUACUGCUUUUGACGAGAUAGAAGACUUAUUAAACGAUGACCCAAAUCAAAUAGUAAAAAUUAAAGAAUCUAAAGAAUUAGGUACAUACAUUCAAAAUUUAUCAACGGUACCAACUAAAAAUUCAAAUGAAAUGUAUGAAUACUUCAUAAAAGGCAAAAAUAAAUUUACAAGAGAAUUUACAUCCUUCUUUACUGUAACAAUUGAUAGUAUUAAAACUACUAAAAGUGAUGAUAGUUCUAUUAAAAAUUCAACUAGGACUGGAAGGUUGUAUUUUAUUGAUAUGAAGGCCUGGGAUUGUGAAAAUACAUAUAAAUGUUGUAAUCAACAUUCUACGGAAGCUAAAUACAUUAGUAAAUCAUUAACUCCAUUGGCUAUGGUAGUGGCAGCUCUUGCAGACAAUAGUAGCCAUGUUCCUUAUAGGAGUGGUAAGGAUACGAGAUUGUUAAAAGACGUUUUAGGUGGUAAUUGUAAAACUGUUUGGAUAUCUAAUAUAAACAUAAAUUCUACGUAUUAUGAUAAAACUAUAUCAACUCUACUAUUAUCAUCUAGAGUUAAGUGCAUAGAGAACAAACCUGUUAUUAAUACACAUCCUAUUGACAAUAGUCCUUAAUAACGAAUAGGGCUAUUAAUACUUUCAAAGAAAGAUUCUCUUUAGGAGAAGCUCAAAGUAAAUCUAAUUAAUCUGAAAACAAAAUGUCUUAAAUUUAGAAUAAUGCAUUUCCUUCGUAAUGAAAUUAGUCUAUAUAAUAAAUAGAAUAAGAGAAAGUAAUCUGAAUGGAAUAACUAAAUGCAUCUACAUGAUAAGAUGAAGAAAAGAACUAUUGAUAAAACUAUAUUUAAAGCUUCCUAAUUUUUAUUUUACAUUGAUUUGUUAAUCUAUUCACUUGAUUGGGAAAUAAUCAUUCGAAUUCUAUUAAUAUGAGUAAUAU